AUGCCGUCUUCAAACCGUUUGUCCUUUCUAAGACCACUCUAUGAUAUAGCUGUCUGGCAGUUUAUUUUAAUGUUAGGAUUUGUUAAGAAACAGAGGAGGAACACGUCAGGCCUGAAAUUCACAUGGAAAAUGCACGAGGUUGUGGCAAAUUUUGUUUGCAAGCUGUUGGACGCAAGACCGUUUGACCAUCUGAAAGCCAGGAUGGAGGAAGAAGAAGUAACGACGGCAACAGAGGGUUGGAAACCUGGAGAGAGAGCAACUAAAAGAAUGAUUGAGUGGUGCCAAGAUCAAUGGCGAAGAAAAAGCCCAGCGUACCCAAAAGAGGACUCUGCCUUCUCCGUUAACGAGCCCUGUACCAUGCCUUGGUUUGACGACAUGCCAGUGUGCUUCAAUUGUGGUGUCCCUUGCCCCGAGUGUGGAAGUGAACUUUGUAAGGAUUUACCAAUUGAAAUGUCUACGGCCCAUGCCCUUCUGGAA